AUGUUUAUUGUAAAUGACAAUUUGAAUAAUAACUCCUUGAUAUUAAAUGUGUCUUCUUCAUCGGAUCUUAUUUCUUCGAUUUCGUCGUAUACUAAAAUGGGUUCUAAAACUCGAGGUACAAAAGAAAAAACAAAAAUAGAUGCGAUAGAAGAGGUUGAUAAAGCAAAAAUAGAUAGGAUUGAAGAGGUUGAUAAAAAAGAAGCUGAGAAAUGUAGUUAUAUCAAAAAUAUUAUUUCUAGAUAUAACUAUAAUAAUAAAAUAUUGGAAAAAAAACAUAACACAUCUUUGUGUUCCAGUAAAAAUUCAUAUAAAACAUAUUCCAACGAAAGUAGAAACAGUUUUGAAAUAUAUAAUAUAAUAAAACAAAAAAAGAUAGUAAAUAAAUUAAAAAAAAAAAUAUUAAAGUCUAUUAAAAAAACAAUUAAUAUUAACAAAAUAAAGACACCUCUUUAUUUUCAUUCUAAAUCCUAUUUUUUUACAUUUUUGAAAAAAUUAAAAUUUUUAUUAUCAAAAAAAAUGAAGGAAAUCAAAAAGAGAAGCUCGGGAAGUACUGCAGAAUGUAGUACCAAUCUGGAUGGAGAAAAUAUUUAUGAAUUAUUUUUAAGAAAUAAAGACAAUAGUUUAUUACUAAAAAGAUAUUUAAAACAACAAAAAAGGUUAGCAAAUAAAAUGAAUAAAUAUAAUAUAUAUCAUAAAAAUGUAGAAAGUAGUUCUACCCAAGAAAAGGAAAAAGAAAAGGAGACAGAUCUAUUAUUUGCAUCCCCAAUUAAAAACGAAAAAGAUAAUGAAAUAGACGAAGUUAAAAAUAGCGAAACAUUUCAAGCUACUCCAAAAUCAAGUAAUAUUUCUCUGAUAAAUAAUAAUAGUAAACCGUUUCAGUGUCUUGAUGAGACAGUAAAAUUUAUAGAUAAUGCCGCCAAUAUUUGUGAGUAUAAAAAAGAAAAUAAAAUCGAUAAAAAUUGUAACAGCAAUAAAAAUGUUGAAAGAAUAGACAAAGAAAUAAUUGAACAAGAAGAUGAUAUUACAGUUUGUUCACCAAACAUAUUGGAAAAUAAAAAAGGACCAUUUGAAAAUUUGGAUAUUAUUGAAGAACAAGAUAAAAGUAAAGAAGACAAAAUAAACACCUCAUUUGAAAAUUUAAAAAAAGAAAAAAGUUCCAUUUUUAACGACAUGAAAAUAGAAGAAAGUAAUGAAAUUUAUAGUAAUAAUAAAAAAUUUAGUAAAGACAAGUCAUUCCCUAUAUUAAUUGAAGAAUGUAAAGAAAUUAGAGAUAAAAAAUGUAAUAUCAUAAACUUACAAAAUGCUCAUGAUUAUUCAAAACUAGACAACACAUAUAUCAAUAAAUGUCUUGAUAGUCAUGAAAAAAUAAAUGAUAUUAUAAAUAAAUAUUCCAUUGAAAAGUUAAAAAUUAAUUCAUUAAAUAAUAGAAUUAAAAAUAAUUUGACACAAAAAAUGUUUUAUUUAAAUUGGUGUGAAUAUAGAAACAAACAAAAGAGAUGUGAAGAGAGGAACCAAAGAAGGGGUACCAAAAAUAUGAUACGCUUUGGAGUGAAAAAGCAAAAAUAUAAAAGUUACAUCCCACUUUUAUAUUUAAAAAAAGGAAAUCAUAGUUAUAUGGAUGUUCCUACAAAUAAUUCAAUUCAAAAUAGAAAAAUAAAUUUCAUCAAAAAUUGUAAAAAUUUUCAAUCCUAUAAUGAUAAUAAUUCAAAAAAAUGUAAUGAAACAUCAGGAAAUACUAUUUGUAUAGCCAAAAAAUAUGAUCAUAAUAUUAUUAACAAAAUAAAAAAAAAUAUUUCUGACAAUUAUAAUAAUAUGCUUACAUUUUUAAAAAAUAUAUUUUACACAAAUUUUUAUUUAUUUAAUAAAAAAAAAGAACAAAAAAAUAGGCAUGCUAAUAGUUUUGAAAAUAAUGUAAAAAAAAAAUUACAAUACCACACAAAUGUUAAUUCUAUACCUAACAUAUUUUUACCAAAAAUUAAACAAAAUUAUGAAAAUUUACAAUCCCAAAAUAAUACAAUUUACAAUGAACCAAACUAUUUUAUUAAAAAUGGUAAUGGACAUAUAAAGACUUGA